AUGGCUUCUCAAAUUGCGAAAUCAUUAUUAGCAACCACACGUCCGACCACAACUUUAAAGUUCGAUAUAGCUCGUCGGGCACUUAGUGUAAAUGCCACUCUACAGCAGAAGAAGUCCCUAAAAGAUAAGACUGGCAAAAAUGUGGUCCUUGUAGAUGGUGUCCGUACGCCGUUCCUGGUUUCUUUCACGGAUUAUGCCAAGAUGAUGCCCCACGAGCUUGCCAGGCAUUCCCUUCUGGGUCUUCUCCAAAAAACUGGGAUUCCAAAGGAAGUUGUAGAUUAUAUUGUCUAUGGAACAGUUAUUCAAGAAGUGAAGACAUCAAACAUUGGACGAGAAGCAGCCUUAGCAGCUGGCUUUAGUGACCGUACCCCUGCCCAUACUGUCACUAUGGCUUGUAUAUCUUCAAACCAGGCUAUUACUACUGGUGUUGGUAUGAUAGCUGCCGGUGCAUACGAUGUAAUUGUUUGCGGAGGUGUGGAAUUUAUGUCUGACGUGCCAAUACGACACUCGCGUAAGAUGCGAUCACUUUUACUGAAGCUCAAUCGUGCUAAAACUCCUGCUCAAAGACUGUCUUUACUAGCCUCUAUUCGACCAGAUUACUUUGCUCCCGAGCUACCGGCAGUAGCAGAAUUUUCAUCCGGCGAAACCAUGGGCCAUAGCGCAGACCGUUUGGCGGCCGCUUUCGGUGCCACUCGUGCAGAACAAGACGAAUACGCUCUUCGCUCUCACACCCUCGCCGCCGAAGCCCAAGCCAAGGGGCACUUUACUGAUCUCAUACCUGUCAAAGUGGACGGCAAAGAUGGCGUAGUGGAAAAAGACAAUGGUAUCCGUGUGUCCUCCCCCGAGCAGCUGGCGAAACUUAGACCUGCCUUUGUUAAGCCUCAUGGCACCGUUACCGCAGCUAACUCCUCAUUCCUGACUGACGGAGCGUCAGCGUGCCUUAUUAUGUCUGAAGCUAAGGCCAAGGAGCUGGGGCUGAAGCCGAAGGCCUAUCUGCGGGACUUCACAUAUGUCGCUCAGGAUCCAGUAGAUCAACUUCUUCUCGGUCCAGCAUAUGGGAUUCCCAAGAUCCUGGAGAAAUCUGGACUGCAACUUGGAGACAUAGACACCUGGGAAAUACAUGAAGCUUUUGCUGGCCAAAUCUUAGCUAACCUCAAAGCAAUGGACUCUGACUGGUUCGCCCAGAACUACCUCGGCAAGCAGACUAAGGUGGGUGUUCCAGACAUGAACAAGUGGAACAAGUGGGGUGGCUCUCUCUCUAUCGGACAUCCGUUUGCUGCUACUGGGGUAAGGCUCGCGAUGCACACGGCCCACAGACUGGUGAAAGAGGACGGUCAGUUCGGAGUGAUAUCCGCGUGUGCAGCCGGCGGACAGGGCGUGGCCAUGAUACUGGAAAGACAUCCCGAUGCACACACCAACUGA